CACUCGGAGGCCGGGCGGCCGGCGGCAGGACGCGCUCGCGGGGUCGGGCCGGCCGCGCGCACCAUGCCCUCGUUCGACGAGGCGCUGCAGAGGGCCGGCGAGUUCGGGCGCUUCCAGCGGCGCGUCUUCCUGCUGCUGUGCCUGACGGGCGUCACCUUCGCCUUCCUCUUCGUCGGCGUGGUGUUCCUGGGCAGCCGGCCCGAGCGCUACUGGUGCCGCGGGCCGAGCGCCGCCGCGCUGGCCGAGCGCUGCGGCUGGAGCGCCGAGGAGGAGUGGAACCGCACGGCGCCCCCCGCGCGCCGCGGCGACGCGGGCUGCCGGCGCUACCUCCUGGAGGCGGCCAACGGCAGCGCGGCGGCGGGCGCGCUCAGCUGCGCCGACCCGCUCGCCGCCUUCCCCAACCGCUCGGCGCCGCUCGUGCCCUGCCGGGGCGGCUGGCGGUACGUCCAGGCCCACUCCACCAUCGUCAGCGAGUUUGACCUCGUGUGUGUUAAUGCUUGGAUGCUGGACCUCACACAAGCCAUCCUAAACCUGGGCUUCCUGGCCGGAGCCUUCACCUUGGGUUAUGCAGCAGACAGGUACGGCAGAAUAGUCAUUUAUCUGAUAUCCUGUUUCGGUGUUGGCGUCACCGGUGUGGUGGUGGCCUUUGCACCAAAUUUCCCUGUGUUUGUGAUCUUCCGCUUCCUACAAGGUGUGUUUGGAAAGGGGACAUGGAUGACUUGCUACGUGAUUGUAACAGAAAUAGUAGGUUCAAAGCAAAGAAGAAUUGUGGGGAUAGUAGUCCAAAUGUUCUUCACCCUUGGAAUCAUAAUUCUCCCUGGAAUUGCCUACUUUAUCCCCAGCUGGCAAGGGAUUCAGCUAGCCAUAACGCUGCCCAGCUUUCUCUUCCUCCUUUAUUACUGGGUCGUUCCUGAAUCUCCUCGCUGGCUGAUUACUCGGAAGAAAGGAGAUAAAGCAUUAAAAAUUCUGAGGAACAUUGCCAAAUGCAAUGGGAAAUAUCUCUCACCAAAUUACUCAGAGAUCACUGUCACAGAUGAGGAAGUUAGUAACCCAUCCUUUUUAGAUCUGGUGAGGACUCCCCAAAUGAGGAAGUGCACACUUAUUCUUAUGUUUGCUUGGUUCACAAGUGCGGUGGUUUAUCAAGGACUCGUCAUGCGCCUGGGGAUUAUAGGAGGCAACCUGUAUAUCGACUUCUUCAUCUCGGGAGUCGUGGAGUUGCCUGCAGCCCUCUUGAUCUUACUGACCAUUGAGCGUUUUGGACGCCGCCUUCCCUUUGCCGGAAGCAACAUAGUGGCAGGGGUGGCGUGUCUUGUCACUGCAUUCUUACCAGAAGGAAUACCGUGGUUGAGAACCACAGUCGCUACCCUGGGAAGACUAGGGAUAACCAUGGCCUUUGAAAUUGUUUAUUUGGUAAACUCAGAAUUGUACCCAACAACAUUACGAAACUUUGGAGUUUCUCUCUGCUCAGGUUUAUGUGAUUUUGGGGGAAUCAUAGCCCCGUUUCUGCUCUUCCGGCUAGCGGCCAUUUGGCUAGAACUACCUCUUAUCAUUUUUGGUAUCCUGGCAUCUGUCUGCGGCGGGCUCGUGAUGCUGUUGCCCGAAACCAAAGGUAUUGCCUUGCCAGAAACAGUGGAUGACGUAGAGAAACUUGACAGUCCAUAUUCCUAUAAAUGUGGCAGGAAAAAGAAAACUCAAGUUUCCAGCUCGCACCUUUGAGGUCCCCCUGCCAAAGACAAAAGGAAGGCGCUCUCUAGGUUGACGUCUCUCAAGGAACCAGCGUGCCUUGCAAACACAUGUGUGUUGUCCAUUUUAGCCUCAUUAUACCAUGUGGCUCCAACUGUUCGUCAUACCGUACAAAGACAUUCAGACUGCCCAGAGUAUUUUUAUAUAAUGUCGGAUGAGUUAGGAUUUAUAGCACUAGGGAACUUUCUGGGAGCACAGAGUAUGUGGCUGGUUUAGCAAAGAGCCUGUUGAGCGUGCAGCUUCCCCAGAGUUUUUUUCUUAAGUUGGAGCAGCAUCUGUGACCCAGUUACAGAGGGACAAGAGGAACUUUGGCCACCAAAUUCUCACGACCGCGUGCUCCAUCAGAGACGAAGGAUGUGCCAACCAGAGGUCUGGGAAAAGUGUACAGAAGUGAGUUCAUCAAACCUGAUCAACGAACUAAAGCUCUGAGCUGAGUGUUCUGAAGAUACCAGAGAGGAUGAAGAUUGGGAACUCCGCUCGUGAAGAAACUGAGUCUGGGGACUUUGGGCCACAUGGUCCCGAGGCUUUCCUUUCUCUUCUCGCCUCGUGCUGUGUAAGCCACUGUAGCAUCUGGGCUUGCGGGCAUGUUUGGGCCUUGUUCCGUAAUCAUGAACAAAUCUGUCGUACAAUUAGAGGAUUUGGCUCUAUUAUUUCUUAAAUCAGAUUGAGGCUGAGGUGAUAGAGCCACAUACUCAGCUCUGUACUGAACAAAAUCCAUGGAUUAUGGUUUCAUGGGUCUUAAGAUUUUAAUCUUGAAGGGAUAUUUAUCUUCUAUUUUAUGCGUUCAGUUCUAUGAUGCCACCCGUGGUCAAGGGUGAAACAUUCAACCCUGACACGUUUAACUUGUCUUGGGAAGCAGCUUGCAUUUUAAUUUAAAAAUAAGGUCAAUUUAUAUCCAUGUUUAAAAGAAGUAGUGGAAGCUUUAUAAGUGAUGUCAUAGACACUAAUAAGGGAUUUGAUCUUUCUUUUUUGUUACUGAGACUUGAAAGGUGGAACUUAAAUACAUAUCUGCUACUUUUUUCUGCUGUUCUACUUUAUAUGUUAUAUUUGUGGUAUCUUCCAAUUCAGUAUAUAUCUUAUGCAGAAUUUUUUCGUGAAUUAUUUUGGGUGGACAGACAAAAUGGGCAUGAAGGGAAGUCUUGCCAAUGAAGAAGAAAAUUCUUGGUGAACACGUGACAAUGGGUACAAUGUGUGUGCUAAUUGUAAACUAAGCUCUGAAUCCUAAAAGCACAAUAGAAUUGAAUAUGAAUGUUUUAUUUUCCCAUGAAAUAAACACUGCCCUUUGAAGAUUUAA